UGAGAGUGGGGAGGGGGCAGCGAGGGCCCUCGAGACGCUACGCUCCUGGGAGCUCGCGCUGCGGCUCAGACACCCCGGCUGCAAAAACCCAAGGAAGUUGUUUGGGGAGGGUGCAAUAGGCAGGAGGGAAGGCAGCAACUAGGCCGUGCAAUGGGGCGCCGCUUCCCGGCUUUGGAAAGAGGACGUCGCGCUGGGUGACGGCUUGCAUGUCCCUGUCUGCGUCCGGGAAAUCCCGGCCACCCGGAUUCCUUUAAAACAAGGAGGCAGGAGAGCAACAGGGAGGUGGAGCUGCUGCUCAUCCCGUGCAAAGGGAGGAGAAGGGGGGGAGGAAAAAAACUAGAGCAUGAAAUUUCGAGAACGGCUUGUUGCAGCGAAAAGCAGCAGCAGGAGGCGGAGGAUCUGCAACUGGUGUAACUAAAGCCCCCCGCCUCCAAGAAACCCAGAGCGAGCUAAUCCCCCUCCCGGGAGCCCCAUUGCACAGCAGCGCCCCGUGGCCGGGUCUUGGCGGAUGGGUGCAAUGGCUGGGCGCUGCAGGGGAGCUCCGGGGGGGCGCGCUGCAGGGAGGGGGGAGUGAGGGCGAGCUGCAUACCCCCCCUCCAAAAAAAGCAGCCCGGAGACUCCCCCCCCCCACCCCGAUUUGUUGAGGUCGCGGGCCAAUGCGGCGCUGAACCCUGGCCGGCGGAGCCAUGCUGCUGGCCUCGGCCGUGGUGGUCUGGGAAUGGCUGAACGAGCACGGCCGCUGGAGACCCUACAGCCCGGCCGUCAGCCACCACAUCGAGGCGGUGAUUCGGGCCGGACCGCGGGCGGGCAGCGUGGUGCUGGGCCAGGCGGACCGGCGGCUGGCGCCCUACCUGCUGGACCUGCACUCCAUGCACCAGUUCCGCCAGGAUACCGGCACCAUCCGCCCGGUACGGCGCAGUUACUAUGACCCCUCCUCAGCGCCCGGCAAAGGUGUGGUGUGGGAGUGGGAGAACGACAGCGGCUCGUGGACGCCCUACGACAUGGAGGUGGGCAUCACCAUCCAGCACGCCUACGAGAAGCAGCACCCCUGGAUUGACCUCACCUCCAUCGGGUUCUGCUACGUCAUUGACUUCAGCACCAUGGGCCAGAUCAACCGGCAGACCCAACGCAAGCGCCGCAUCCGCCGACGCCUCGACCUGGUCUACCCACUGGUCACCGGCACCCUGCCCAAGUCCCAGUCAUGGCCGGCCAGCCCCGGCGUUUCCAGCUCACCCCCCACGCCACCCUGCACCUGCCCCCAGUGCCUUCUGGUCAUGAGUGUCAAGGCGGUGGUCGCGGCUGGGGCCAAUGGCGGGACUGGUGCCGCGGUCCCCCAGCAGCAGCAGCAGCGUAAAGCCUCCGCCCCAUCGGGCGGCCCCAAGCCUCCCGUCCCAGCACCUGGGCUCAAGCCCCCGGAUGCCACGGCCACCACGCGCGGCUCGCUGAAGACCCUGGCCUCCCAAGUGAGCCGGAGGCAGGCGGCCAGCACGCCGGCCCUGAGCUCGGCCAGCUCGGCCACCAGCCCACCUGCCGCCAAUGGGAAGGCCACGCGUGCCAACCUCAACACCCUCAACCGCACCCACCUGCAGCGCCUGGCCAUCGCCCAGUCCCGUGUGCUGAUUGCGUCCGGGGUCCCCACCGUCCCAGUGAAGAACCUCAAUGGCUCGAGCCCUGUUAACCCCGCGCUGGCAGGGAUCACAGGGAUCCUCAUGAGCGCGGCGGGGCUGCCCGUCUGCCUCACCCGCCCCCCCAAGCUGGUGCUGCACCCCCCACCCGUCAGCAAGAGCGAGAUCAAAUCCAUCCCGGGCGUGGCCAACACCUGCCGCAAGACCACCAAAAAGCAGGCCCAGAAAGGUAAAACCCCGGAGGAGGUGCUGAAGAAAUACCUGCAGAAGGUGCGUCAUCCUCCGGAUGAGGACUGCACCAUCUGCAUGGAGCGCCUCUCCACCCCGUCUGGCUACAAGGGGCCCCAUCCAGCUGUCAAGCCCGACCUAGUGGGGAAGCUGUCCAAGUGUGGCCACAUCUACCACCUCCACUGCCUGGUCGCCAUGUACAACAACGGCAACAAGGAUGGGAGCUUGCAGUGUCCAACCUGCAAAACCAUAUAUGGGGUGAAGACUGGGACUCAGCCCCCUGGGAAGAUGGAAUAUCACCUCAUCCCUCACUCGCUGCCUGGGCACCCUGACAGUAAAACCAUUCGGAUCAUCUACAACAUCCCGCCGGGGGUCCAGGGACCAGAGCACCCGAACCCCGGAAAAAGCUUCACAGCCCGCGGAUUCCCUCGACACUGCUACCUCCCGGACAGCGAGAAGGGCCGAAAGGUGCUGAAGCUGCUGCUGGUGGCCUGGGACCGCCGCCUGAUCUUCGCCAUCGGCACCUCCAGCACCACAGGCGAGUCGGACACGGUGAUCUGGAACGAGAUCCACCACAAGACAGAGUUUGGCUCUAACCUCACGGGCCACGGCUACCCCGACGCCAACUACCUGGACAAUGUGCUGGCCGAGCUGGCGGUGCAGGGCAUCACGGAGGAGAGCACGGCCCAGGAGAAGGACUGAGAACGGGGGAGGGGAGGAGAUGGCAUUCCUUUGUGGCGGGAGCAGCGCUUUGCCAUGUGGCGGCGCCCCACACUCACCUCCUCCUCCCUGCCCCGGUGCCUGCACCCUCCCCCACCUCCUCCUCCAGCUGCUGUGACGCUCAGAGGGCACCAGUCGCACCAUUGAGACGUGUGGCUUGGGGUUGGAGCGGAGGAGGAGGUCCACGGUGCCUCGUCAGUGGGCAUAUCUGUGGGGCCGGUCUCCCAACAUGGGCGCCGCCCCUCACCCAAGGUUACGUUAAUCUUGUUGCACGUGGCUGGGAAGGGAGGGGGGAUUGAACCGCUAAACCCUGUGAAAAUGAACUGCCUCUUAGGGCACUACCCAGCGGGAAGUGCUCCCGUCCCAUAAGGCAGCUCCGGCACCGCGUGGGCGCCGCUGCAAAGGCCUGUGGGAAUGCCAAGGAUUCAAACCAGUUAGGAGACUGGUUGUGUGUUGUCAUGUCACUGCUGCUUUCAUGUUGUGGGCUCAGUGUGUGUUGGAAAUGUGCUGUUUGCAGGUCUGGUACCCCACUCCCAACCCACCUCACCCUCCCAGGCCUGCCUCCCCGAUCCCACCCCACAUCGGGUCAGAACCAGGCCUGCUGCCUGCUCGGAAAUGAGGUGGAAAUCCCAUCUCCUUGAUAUGUUCCAAACUGGGUCAGGGCCAGAAAUAGCUGGGUACGAGUCUCCUGGCGCCGAUCCAUAGUGGGCUGGAGCAGAACCAGUUCCUUAAUGAUUCAUUCUGGCUGCUAUGUGAACGGCACUAGAGCAGGGGACAGGAAUCCGUGAUGGAUGGAUCAGAACCAGGCCUGGUCUUCUCCGGGUCCCUUUUCCCCUCCCACUUUCCCCAAUCCUUUCUCACCUGGGUCAGCUUUGUCCAGUGGGGUGUGGGGGAGAGAGAUCCCUUCUGCACUGGCUCAGAACCAAGUCUGGUUCUCCCUGUCUCAGUGAGUCUAGUGUACUCCAGCCCCGUCCAGAACUGUGAGAGCUGAUCUCCUUAUACCUGUGAAGGAACCGUGCCCCAGGGAUGGCUCUGUCUGGUCAGACCUGGUGGGGGUGAGUUGAGUUACGAGGGGAGGGGAGGUCCGAUUCUCCCCCCCCCCCAUAAGAUGGGUUCUUUGAACUGUUUGUAUGGGGGAGUCCCCCGGAUACUGAUCUGAAUUUAUAUACCUCAUGUUUUGGGGAUUUGUCGUAUAUAUGUACAUAUAUCUAUCAUGUCACGCUUGAACAUGACGUUGGCGCUAGGACGCUUAAAGGAAACGGUACUUAAGUUAGACCUGAGGCCAAGUCUGCUGGCAGUGGCCGUUCACCACGGCAUGGGGGCGUGGCAAGCUGGGUGGCCAUCUUGAAACGGAGGCGCCCAGUCAGGCUUGGCCACAUUUCAAAAUGGCCACUGCACGCCCCUCAGGAAGGUGGGAAAAGGUCACAAAUACACAUGCUCCCAUUAGUGUGACUCUGCGCUGUGGGGGGUGGGGGCCAGUUCUGAGUCCUCCCAUGCCAAGAUCCAUAGUCUCCUCUGGCUGGCAGCAAUGGGAGGCCUUGGAAACACGCCUGGCCUGGGGUUAGCCCCCAUGUUGGGGAAACAGGAGCCCAGCAAAAUCUAUAGGGCAUCCAUAACCCUGAUCAGCCUCUGUGGUGCUGCCACCUAGUGGCCUCUUUGCAGCUAGUGAGUGAGGUGGGUCCCAUGGGCUAUGCCCCAGGUCCCAUCCCUGUUGUGAGCUGGGAAAGGGGUGGGUGAGGUGGCUCCCUGCUGGGAUCCUGACCCUCUCCUGUCUGGUUGCUUAGGUCUUUGGCUCCUUGGGCUUUCCUGGCUUGAGGAUUUUUCCCUUGCAGCCCUUGUGAAGUCCCUGUGGGGCAGAUGCAGAGGAGGUGGGGGGCAGGUGAUGUGGCUGGGUGGGGGCAGGUGAGGCAGGAAUGGGGAGGGAUAGGAGUUGCGAUUGGCUGCAGAAUGGGGUUCGGAGGGGAAACGCAGAGGCUUCACAAGGCCUGUUCAUACUGCCGGCCCGGAGAGUUCAGAGCAGCCCCCUCACUGGGGUGCCUGAGGAGCUGAUCCUGUCCCAAACUGCCUGGAAACCCCCUUCAUUGCCACAGCAACCCCUCCCUUCGUGAGGGGCUGAGAUCAUCCUGUCCUGAGCACCCCUUUUAUCCCCCAGUGCCCCAAGACCCCCCCCUUUUCUGUAUUUCCCAAGCACUCUCUAAUGAUGGGUGUGGGGGGGGAAUCCUACCCCAAAACUAGAACUGGGGGGAAAUUUUCAUCCAAAACAUUUUUCAGUGAAAAAUUCAGAAAUCAAAAAAUUUUGUGUCCACUUUGCUGGCUUGUUUUGGGCAAAAGGGGGGAAAAACACUAAAAAAUGAAACAUUUUGAUUUUUUUUACAAGACGAAUGAUGCCUUUUUGCUUCAAAAUUGCUUUCCAUUUUUUUUUUUUAUUUUUUUUUACAAAUGUUUAAAAUGCUCUUAACUUGAAAUAAUCUUUUUUCUUUGAGUGGCCAGAAUGUUUUGGUUUCUAAAUUUUUGGUUUUUUUUGAACCACCAGCAAACUGAAAAUCCUGUUAAUCGCACAGAUCUCCCCCCAGCUUUGAGAUUCCCUGCUCUAGCCUCCCCACCAUCCUCUAUCCCCCCCCAGUCUAUCCUAGCUCCCUCCCCAGUCCCAUAUUCCGUCCCCUCCCAAUAUGUCUUGGUGCUCAGCCUACCCCCCCAGUCCUGUAUUCUCCCUCCUAGCCAGUAAGAUUGUCACACAUUACUCACCCCCUACCCGUGCCCUUCUACCCCUGCUGUGCUAGCAAGGAGCGGCCUCCAGUCUGACUUGGUUUCUAGGGUAGGGGAAGAGACUUGGAAGGGGUCUCAUACAGGCCCCUGUGAUCGUUCCCCCCAGCUGUGCUUUUGUUUAAUUUCUAACUGUGGUUUUAUACUUUCUCCAGAAGGAUCUGGGUGGGGCAGGGAGGCCGGGCCAUGGGAAAGGUCAUCCCUCCCCUGUCUUUGUGUGUCCUCGUGGCGUUGGAUGCGGGGUGUGCGGCUGGGGUGGGGCAGUGUCCUGCUAUAUAUUGUGUUCUGUUUGUGAACGGUGCACUGUGCCCGUCUCUCUGGUGUGUUGCCAUGCAAUGGCGCUGCCCGCCCAUGUAGGCUGGAUGUGCCAAUUUAAUAAACGGAGAGCUCUCCCACCAGGCGGGAGGGCGUUUGCUGUCUGCGUCAGG